AUGAGUACUUAAAGUGAACAGAAUUCUCAAAAUUUACAACAAUCCGAUUCUAAUAUGAACGAAGAAACCAAAUCAUAUUUGGAGGAGAAUCAUAAACAGUCAAAUUAUCAAAGCCAGGACAGAAUGGAAAUGGAUCAAUCCUCAAAUCAUAACUCUCAACAAUAACUCGACAGUAGCAAUCACUAGAGUUAGAAUUCAGAAUUGAAUCAGGAGAGUGCCGAUAGUGUAAACUCCUUGCCAUAUGAAAAGAAGGACAAUGGAGGUGCCGAUUUGAAGGUAAUCGAGAGUAAAACCAUUUGCUACUGUAGUAACUUUGAUUUAAACAUUAACGAAUGGUUUAAUGAGUACGAAAAUAUUGAGAUCUUCAAAAUCAAUAUGAAAAAAAACCUUGGUGCCACAUGGCUAAAAUAUUUCAAUGAAGCCAUAGAGUUUCCUGCUACUUCAGUAAAGAAAGUAAAGGAAGAUCAUUUUUUCACUAGAAUAUUUAACUUCUAUCUGAUAAACUAUUAUUCUCCCGCUAAUGCUUCUGCAUUUAAAAUGACCCGAAAUUACAAACUCAGAGAUAAGAAUUUGUUCAAAUCUUUGAUCCAUACUUUUUACUUCGUAUCUUUGAAGGAGUAUGAGAACAUACUCAAAAAAAUCGAAAGUGACUAGAAAUACUAAAUUUAGCUUACAGAAAAGGCCCUAGCUCAAUAUGACGAACAGUAAAGAAGAGAAGCCCUUAACUAAAGGGAGUAGCUUCUUCAGCAAUAGAGGCAAUCGUUGCAUGAUAAAAACAAAAAAGCCAACGGUGAGGGUCAAUCCAGCACCUAGUCUUCCAUUUUCGGGAACAAUUUUCCCGGUUUUUCUAUUAUCAAGGACAGAGUUAUCAAGCCACUCUUAAUAGCUACUGAGAAGGUAGUAGAAUACUAUUUCCCUGAAGAAAAAAAGGAAAGCUCAAGAAAAGAUUCUAAUUAAAGCUCUGGAAAUUAGACAACACUAAAAAAUCAGCAAAGAUCUUCUGCAGGUGGUACAACGAAAACUACAUUCGAUGAUUCGAUGUCUGAGGAAUCCAAUGAUAUCUCAAGGAUUAAGAGAAAAAUGAAGAAGCUAGACAUCAAUAGUGUUGAUGAUGCUAUUAGCACCAGACUAAAACUUGAAUCUCCUAAGAGUUAAAGAACAUUAAAGAAGAGAAGAUUCAGGUAGCUUGAGAGGCACAACUUUGACAGUGAACUCGAUCCAUUCGAACACUUUGAUAGUGCCAGUAAAUCUUCAACUAAGGGAAAGAACGAUAGGAAAGUUAUGAAGCUUAAUGAGAAAAUGUUGAGAAAAGCGAGUGCUACUGUUGAUCUUAUCAGUUAGAAAGUAAAAUCCAAAAACAUGAUUCAGGAAUCUGUAUCUGCUACAUUUGUAACCAACGUUAUCGAGUUGACUAAUGAUGCCCUGGAAAAGAUUUCUCAAAACGAGAAAGCUUUGCUCAUUAACGAGGCUGAUCUUGAUUAAACUUAUAAUGUCAACUUGAGAUUCAUUAAGCCAAGUCAUAAUUUCUACAAUGAAGUUAUGAGCAAUUGGUUCAAGUAUUUGUAUAUUAUAGAGGAGUAAAGAGAGAACUUACCCCAAAAUUAAUAAUGGAAUGCAAGUGAGCUAGUGAAAGGAUUCAUCGGGUUCAGUAUAUAGCUAAUGAAAAACAGCGGUUCUUGGUAAGAGCAAGUAAUAAGGCCUCUAGAGUACUAUGCUCAUAUCAUCAUUAAAGAAUUCUGUCUGCUCAAGAAUCAUUCCUCAGAGAGUCAAGAAGAUGGCUCCACAUCCAACAUAUCUAUGUGUUCCUUCUUUGAUAACGUGAAAAGUAAUCUCCUAAAGAGAUGGGAAAAAGAUAUCAUUCAAAAGAGUAGUAAGUUCCAGAAUGGGAAACAAACUAUGCAAUGA